GACGGGAAGCGACGGUCCUCCAGCCCUUUCCGGGAGACAAUUUAGUGGCGGGAAGAUAGGCCUCUGAGGCUACAUGUUCCUGUCCCAGGACGUACCUCCCAGCGCCAGUCAGAAUGGAGAUGCAACCCGGGGAACAAGCGGCCACCGAGUCCCCGGACUCCGGAGGCGGGGAAGGCAGGCCACCACAGGUCGCCGGCGCCCAGGAGGCACGUCCCGAGGACCGCCUGACCCUGCUGCUCAGGCUGAGAGCACAAACUAAACAGCAACUCUUGGAAUAUAAGUCAAUGCUUGAUGCGAGUGAAGAAAAAACUCCAGAACAAAUCAUGCAAGAUAAGCAAAUUGAAGCUAAAAUUGAAGACCUGGAAAAUGAAAUUGAAGAGGUGAAAACUGCUUUUGAAAUAAAAAGGCUUGCAUUACACAGGAUGCAACUUUCGGCUGCACUUAAAAAAAACCUGGAGAAAAUUAACCCCCAGACUAGUGUGCUCAUGGAUAACAUGAAACACAUAUUAAAGCUAAACAAAUUAAUCAUGAAGUCACAGCAGGAAUCUUGGGAUUUGGAGGAAAAACUGCUUGAUGUUAGAAAGAAGAGAUUACAAUUAAAACAAGCUUCAGAAAGUAAGCUUUUAGAAAUACAGACUGAAAAGAACAAACAGAAAGAUGAUUUGGCUAUUAUGGAAAAUUCAGACAAGAUAAAGACCGUACAACAAAACCUACAGACGGAAAUACAAGUUACUACAGUGAUUCAACAUGUGUUCCAGAAUCUCAUUUUAGGAAGUAAAGUCAACUGGGCAGAGGAUUCUGCCUUUAAGGAAAUUGUUCUACAGCUUGAGAAGAAUCUCACCAUGAUCAAAUAAGAAUUUCUGUUUUAUUAUUUUUUGUUUCCAUCUUUCAUAUAUCAUUUAAAUAGCAUAUUUCAAGUAAUUUUUGUUAGUGUUUUUGGAACUAUUCUAAUAUUGCAAAUUUUUUGUAACUUAACACUAUAACACGGAAUCUAUUGUUUUAAAUAUGAUAAUUAAAGUGACUGGCAUACUCCAAAAGAAUCUGAAGAUUUUAGUCUUGCAAAGUUCCCUCCCAAAAAACAUCUAAUCUAGCUUUCCACUGAAUGUAGACAUUUUUUUACAACAUUCCUGGCAAUCCCAACUUUCAUUUGGAAUU